CCGGGGCCGCUGGCCCUGAGGGCUCACGCCGUGUGUGCCCCUACCUGUGUGAAUGAAGACCUUGAGGCGCCUUUCGCCGGGCCUGCGGGCACGUCUGAGGGGACGUCGGACGGUCCGAGGGCCGGAACUCGGCGGCAGCGGCCGGGCGGACGUCACACAGGGGCGUUCCAGCGUGUCCGCACCUAGGCGGCCAGGCGUUGAAGAAAAAGGUUGAAAGCGUUUUACCCGCGGUAGAGCCCAGUGCGCAGGGAGGAAGCCCGAAAUUCUUAUUUCGGAUCCGAGACUCUAUGGACCCUGGAAGUGAGCACACUUUUGCGACCUAAAAAGUUUGUUACGAUAUUGUGAGGUGGAAGUAGGAUGAGUGCUUUUCAGAAGUUAAACUUUGACUGAAAAUGAAACUUGAGGAUUUUUGCCAAUAACCCCAGUGACACCUCUUUUCAUUCCUGUCCUAAAACAGCUUAGAAGUAUCUCUGGAAUAUCUAUCCAAUCACUUGAAUAAGUUUUUUUGUUAUGAGUAGCAGAAGUCGGGUGAGGACAGAAUGAAAGAUGAAAAAAAUGUCAACAUUGGAAAUUACUCACAGAAUGUACUCACUCAGCCAAUUGACACCAGCAUUUCUUCCUUGAGACAAUUUGAACCCCUUUGCCAAUUUCAUCAGACAGACUCGUUUAAUAAUGAAAUAGCAUUUCAAGAUCUGACGGAAAGCUUAUCUUACACAAAGGAGCCAGAAUUGCAGCAUUAUGUAUGUGAUGAUGUAGAAGACACCAAUAUACAAGAAGACUCAUUUAAGGAAGAAAACCCGAUGGGAACUAGCACUUUCACCCAUACAGAUCAAUUUGCUCUUGAGUGUGUGAGACAGCAUUCUAGAAGCCCACCUCUAAUCCACUGCAGUGAAGAGACACUGAAAUUCAUGGAAAUGCCACUGGCUAAUAGUACUGCCAUGGAAUCUGCCCUCAAUCCUAGUCAGUCUCAAGACUUUUUGUGUGAGGAAGAAGUACACAGUGAUGUUGAACAACCAUUUUAUAAAGAAAAUAACUUUAACUUGCUUGAUCUGAGAGCUAAUUAUGAAACAGAGGAGUUUGCAGGGUCUUCCAAAGGAGUACAGAAUUCUAUGGAUAUUCCUGAGAUGUCAGUCAGGCACCAAAAGGAAGUCCCAGAAAAAGGCAAGUGGAGUCCACAGAUGGUCUCAACUUGGGCCCCUACAGGCAUUUGUUGGAGUGAUGGUCAACAGGAGGCCUGCUUGAUACCUGACGCAGAGCAGAGCUUGGAAAGCUUACAACCUCUGGAAGAGGACAUGGCUUUAAAUGAAGUCCUACGGAAAUUAAAACUUGCUAACAAAGAACAGGAAACUCAGAUCCAAGACCUAGAGCGUCAUAACACGUAUUUAGAGAAGAAGGUUGAAGAACUACAGAUGAAUACGACUAAACAGCACGUGUUUGUGGACAUCAUCAAUAAGCUAAAGGAGAAGGUUGAAGACUUAAUUGAAGAAAAGUACAGAAUAAAGCUAGAGAAGAAUGAUACAGAGAAGACACUGCAGAGUUUGCAUGAGAUUUUAGUUACCACUCAAAACCACCUUCAGGAAUGCAGGAGUGAAAAGGAAACCUUACAGUUAGAGUUUAAGAAACUCAAGGGCAAUUAUGCUAGUCUACAGGAAAGGUACAUGACUCAGUGCAUGGAGAUGGACAGCGCCUUGAGCAAGAAAGAAGAAGAAAUAGAAAGACUGCAGCAACUCAAAGGAGAACUGGAAAAGGCCACCAGUGCCGCUCUGGACUUAUUGAAAAGGGAGAGAGAGACCAGAGAGCAAGAGGUCCUGUCUUUAUGGGAGGAAUUUCAGAAACGUGAAAGGAAACACCUGGAUGAAAGAGAGAAUCUGAAAUCUAAACUCGAGAAAUUGGUAGCUCAGGUUCAGAAGGUGCAAUUCCUAUCCGACAGUGAAAAGGCUAAGAAUGCAGAACUCCAGCGGCAGAUCGACGAGGUAAAAAAUGAAAACACAAAACGUCAGCAGCAGGUUGCAAGGAGUGAGGAGCAAAAUUGUGUCCCUAAAUGUGAGAUAGCUCGACUCAAGGAGAUCUCAGAGGAUGUAACAGAGUCAGAUGUGGCCAAGGAUACAAAGAUGACACAUUCUAAUUUGUUCCCGAAUCACUCACCUUGUGAAGACGGGAGCGCAAACCCCCCAGACAUGAAAAGAACUUCACAACCGACGUCCAGAAUUCUCAAUCUUCUGGCUCUGAUGGUAGAACUUCUCCCACAUCAGGACAUCAUCAAUCCUGAUGCUGAACAUUUCAAAGAGAAUCAGAAAGUUAGUGAUAUGCCACAAAAAUUGAAGAGUUUUCAUCUUAAAAAGAAGAUUUUAGAUAAAGAGGACUCACAGGACUCAGCACACAGUCACCCUCCCAGUUAUGAGGUAUUAUUACUGCGAGAGGAUUCAGAGCAAAACCAGCAAAGGGGAAAAGCACGUGGAGCAAAGUCCAGAGGAAACCAGCUACUGAAACAUAAAGACAAAAUCGCAGCUUUCAGAGAGUUACUUGCUAACGAAAAAUCAUGUCAACAUCAGGUUCCUGGGGUUACAGAAUUUGACUCCAAGGAAGCCAAGAAUGUCAGAGACGUGCCUGUUGUACUGGGAGCCAAACUGAACCAGCCCCACAACCUAAACAAGGAGCUUGAUUUUUUGAUUGCAAAAUUGGAAAAUCUUCUAGAGACAAAAGAAGACCACUGCAACAGACUCACUGAAGAAAAUGACAAGUGUCAAAGACAUUUAGGCAACUUAAUAAAUAAGAAGAGAGAAAUAAACAGUUGGAAGAUUUAAUUAGAAGGUCCAGAGAGAGAGUCAGAAAACCAAGACCAAGAAGUCAUCCGAAGCCCCUGACCGUGGUAGGUCAUACCGAUUGACGAUCAUUAUAAAGAAUGUGAUGUUUCCAUGUCAUUGUCAAAUUACACAAGAUUAAAUAAGAGUUCCUAAAGUUAUAUUUCAGUAAUGUUCAGCACAGCUUACCCCUCUGCCCCAGAUAAGGGCCUCUGGGCUGUGAUUAUAGUUGGUCCCGCAAUUGGAAGCCCCUCCCUUAAUUGUAUUAGUCCCCUUGAUGUCCCAACGGUUUGAAACAAAAAUGUUGAUUAAAAUAUAGUAUUAGUAUUAUCUGUGGAGUUUAUCUGUAGGUUUUCCUUGCACCCGUUUUUUUGUAUGUAAUCAAGAACGCACUGUUUAUGGAAUAGGAGUUCUGUAUGUGAUCAAGAAUUCCACAUGUAAUCAAGAGUUAGCUCUUCUGUUCCCAAAUGUCUGUCCUGCAAACUUAUUUUUUUCCUUUCAUUUUUAGAUGCCAGUUAUUUUAGAAGGAAAUAGAAAUGAUUUAGAUUAAACAGAACUGAAGAUUAACAGUUAAUCAUUUUUGUCAGCCUCUCCAGGAGCAGAGUCAUUACUGAGUACUGUACCCAGAUCGAUCCACACAAAUGAUACAUUAAAAUCUGUAUAAGUAGUGAAACUUUACAAUCCAAAAGUAUGUGAUUAUUUUUCUUCUAGUUUCUUCCUGUGAACAAUCAAACAUAUUCUAAUAUAA